AUGAAAGUUAGUGGAUAUUUAAGAGGUAAACCAAUAAGUUUGAAAGAAUUUAAAGAAAAUUUAUAUUCUGUUAAAGAUCAAAAGUUUAUUAAAGUUAAUCAAUUAAAAAUACUUAAGAAAAGUCAAGUAAAUAAUGAAUUAAAAGAUAAUGAAGAAGAUGAUAGUUAUUUAGAUAAUGAAGAAAAUGAUAGUUUUUUAGAUAAUAAAGAAGAGAAUGAAUUAAUAAAUAAUAAUGAAGAUAGUAGUUAUAAUAAAGAAAUUAAAAAUGAUUUAAUUAAUAGAUUUAAUAAUAAUGAAGAAGAUAUUGAAUUUAAAAAGAAAGAUAAUGAAUUUAAUAAUUUUUUAAUGAAAUCAAAAAGACAAGAAUUAAUUGAUACAAAAAAUUAUUUAAGUUUAGUUGAUGAUAAUAUUUUAUUACCUGGUGAUUAUAUUGAACUUUUAUUUAAUACAUCAAAAGAGGUAUUAAAUGAUACUUUAAUGGUGUUUACAUACUUAAACAGAAAAGUUGAAGAAUUAGAAGAAUGUAGAUUUUUGCAAGGAAAUUUUAAAAAGAAUAAGUGGUUUAAUGGCAGGGGUGUUGAUGUUGAGUCAAUUCAAAUCAGUAUUGGGUGGUUUAGAAGUUCUAUAAAGAAUAUAUUUUUUAGUGAUUAUGAAUCUGAUUAUAUUAUAGAUGGUAUACCUAAUGAGAUAUGUUAUAUUAAUAUAUUAGAUAAGUAUGUAAAAAAUGUAUUCGAGUGUAACUCGAAAAAGUUUAUCUUAUAUUUUUAUGAUGGUGAGUAUAAUAUAUUUGGAUAUGGUAAACUGUUGAAAAGUGAUGUUAAAUUAUAUAGACCAUACUAUUUAGUUGGGUAUCCCAAGUCUAUAAAUCUAUCAAACGUAGUAGUAAAAGGAAUGUUUAAGAAUAAAAUGGAAGUUGAUAAAUUUACAGGUGCAAAGAUAAAAACAUCUUCUGGUAUUAGAGGAGUGUUAAAAAGUUCAUUAAAGAAUGGUGAGUUUAGAGCUACAUUUGAAGGAAAUAUCAGCAGUAAAGAUGUUAUUUAUUUAAAGGUUAAUGAAGUUAUUAGCUUUAAUAAUUUAACAAGAGAUUAUAACGAUAUUAAUGAUAAAUUAGAUAUGAUAGUUGAGAAAAACGUAUUAACAGUUCAAAAUAGUGAAGUUAAAGAAAAGUUAAUUGAAAAAAUUAAUAAACUAGAGAGUGAGAAAACUAAAAAAGUUAAUAAACCUAAGCCGUUAUUAAAAGAUUUAAUAGCACCAGAUAAGAAUAGUAAAUUAACUAAAACUAUUGAAGAAUACAAGAAAAUAAAGGAAAUUUCACUUUUAAAUAAAAGAGAAAUAAAGACAAAUGAAUUAGAUGAAAAUAUGAAAUUUAUAAAAAGAAAGAAAGCAAUUAUUGAUAGUUCAAUAUCUAAGAGAGUUAAAAGAAGGAAGUAA